AUCACUCUCCUCACAAUCUUAUUACAGGUGCAGCCUGCCCAGCUAGCUAAGCUAGUGGAGCAUUGGUCCCUGAGAGCCAGCAAAGCUAGCAUGAUAGAUAUGGAGAUAGGUGAUCAAGCAUCUUAGUUUAGCUUAACCCAGCACUCGCGCAGCACAAAAAAGCAGCACCACUAGUAGUUGUUUCUUGGCAUCAAUUGCUCGAUCAGCUCGAUCGAUCGAGGUGUCUUGAAAUUCCGGCUGCCAUGGCGAACUACCGGCUCGGCGGCGGUGGCAACGGGCACUACGAGAUGGCGGCAGCAGCGUGGAGGGAGCCGGAGAGCCCGCAGCUGAGCCUCAUGAGUGGGUGCAGCUCUCUCUUCUCCAUCUCCGGCCUGCGGGACGACGAUACCGACCUCCACCUCCUCGCCGGAGCGCGCUCUCUGCCGUCCACGCCGGUCUCAUUUGGCGGGUUCGCCGGCGGUGACGAAGUCGACAUGGAGCUGCCGCAGGGCGGCAGUGGCGGCGACGACCGGAGGACGGUCCGCAUGAUGCGGAAUAGGGAGUCCGCCCUGCGCUCCAGGGCCAGGAAGAGGGCAUAUGUGGAGGAACUGGAGAAGGAGGUUCGCCGUCUGGUGGAUGACAACCUCAAGCUGAAGAAGCAGUGCAAAGAGCUGAAGCGGGAAGUGGCGGCGCUGGUCCUGCCCACCAAGAGCUCUCUCCGGCGAACCUCGUCCACGCAGUUCUGAAAGGGGAUCCGACGGCCCAAGACGCAGAGCAGAAGCGUAUUUUGGCAGUACACAUUUAGGAGAAAAUUAAUCAAACAUGUGCACAUUUCGUCUAUGGUUUGUGUGUAUAUAUAUGUACAUGAUAUACUGAACCUGUAUGCCGUCAGAUCUUUUUUGCGCUUGUCUUUAAAAAGAAAGAAAUGGGGUUUAAUCGGUGGAGAGGAUUAACCUUUU